CGCACAGCGCAGGCCGGACGGGAAGAGCCGAAGCGGGCAGGCGACGGAAAUAGCCGAAGCGGUGGGGCGCCCGAGGCCGUUGCGGACCUCCGCGCCGAAGCCGCUGCUGCCACGGAAGCCGGCCCUCCUGUCUAGUACACGGCCACCGCAGCCCCCGCCUCCCCCUUCCGCCUUGAGCCGCAGAGCCCUCGCGAAGAGAGCUAGUGACCAGGCCCAGGGACACGGCCUGAGGACGCCGGAGCGGACAGCCGGGAGGAGGGAGCGGCGGGUGGGGGCGGGGCCGAGUUAUCCCGAGAACAGCCGAACGGGCCCGAGCGCCGCCGAGCGGGCCCGAGGCGCCGGGCCAGGCCGGAGCCGACUACGGGAGCCGACGCGGGCCGCGCGGUGGGCGCGGAGCAGCGCGGCAGGCCCGGCGGGCGGCGGCAGCAGCCUAAGAGGCCGCGGCGGCGGGUCCGAGUGGCGGAGGCGGCGCGGGCGGCGGCGGGGGGCCGGGUGGCCGGGGUCCCGGGCCCCGCAGCGGCGGCAGCGGCGGCGGCGGCAGGAUGAUCAAGCUGUUCUCGCUGAAGCAGCAGAAGAAGGAGGAGGAGUCGGCGGGCGGCACCAAGGGCAGCAGCAAGAAGGCGUCGGCGGCGCAGCUGCGGAUCCAGAAGGACAUAAACGAGCUGAAUCUGCCCAAGACGUGUGACAUCAGUUUCUCAGAUCCAGACGACCUCCUCAACUUCAAGCUGGUUAUCUGUCCUGAUGAGGGCUUCUACAAGAGCGGGAAGUUUGUGUUCAGUUUUAAGGUGGGCCAGGGUUACCCGCAUGACCCCCCCAAGGUGAAGUGUGAGACGAUGGUUUAUCACCCCAACAUUGACCUCGAGGGCAACGUCUGCCUCAACAUCCUCAGGGCCUGUGGUGGCUGCGCGCUCACCAGCCCCUAUCAUGAUGCUCUCUGCCCACAGAGAGGACUGGAAGCCAGUCCUUACGAUAAACUCCAUAAUUUAUGGCUUGCAGUAUCUCUUCUUGGAGCCCAACCCUGAAGACCCACUGAACAAGGAAGCCGCCGAGGUCCUGCAGAAUAACCGGAGGCUGUUUGAGCAGAAUGUGCAGCGCUCCAUGCGGGGUGGCUAUAUCGGCUCCACCUACUUCGAGCGCUGCCUGAAAUAGGGCUGGUGCAUACCCACCCCUGCCAGGGCCACCAGCCCCGGCGUCCCCUGCAGAUAUUUAUUGGGGGCCACAGGUGGGGGGACAUGGGGCGGCCGGUGGGGGAAUCCCAUGCCCUGGCCGGCCACCCCUCCCUGCUACCCGCUCCUAGUUUGUUUUUUUUUUAACCACCACGUGAUUAAGGUCGGCGCUGCCUCCCCCGACCCGCUCAGCGUUGGGAAAUGAAUUGGCUUGUCUAGCCCCCCGCUGGGUGUUGUCCAGCCCCACCCCCUACUCUGGGCUCUGGGGUGGGUGGUUAUGGGGGUUGGGUGGCUGGGGACCCGGCACCCCACCCCUCCACCACUGGAGGUCCCACCAGGCUAUUAAAGGGGAAUGUUACUGCA